AUGGCGAGAGUCCCUUUUAUUGGAAGACUGUUUUGGCGCGAGUAUCUUGCCUUGGUUGGAUCCCUAAUUCUCGUUUCACUCGAAGUCUUUGUUCGCAUUAUUACCCUUGGACUACCUCAACCUGUUAUUCGUUUUUGCUAUAAUACGUCCAAGAAACUCUUCAAUCGCUUGUCCUCCCAGAAAUCGAAACAGGCUAGGUCAGAAAGAAAAUCCAUAUACAGUUCAAUCGCAACCUGUUCAGAUUUUACAGAACUCUGUGGGUUGUUCGGAUACUAUGCCGAGGAACAUAUUGUACAAACAGGAGAUGGUUAUUUGUUAGGUGUACACAGGCUGCCUUUUCGCAAGGGUGAAGAACAGAAUGGUACCAGGGUCAACGCCGGCCCUGACUCGAUACGCAAACCGGUGGUCUAUCUCCAUCAUGGCCUUCUCAUGAAUAGCGAGGUUUGGGUAUGCCUCACAGAGGAAGAACGAUGUCUUCCAUUCACGCUUGCGAAGCAGGGGUAUGAUGUGUGGUUGGGCAACAACCGUGGUAACAAAUACAGCAAGAAGUCAACUAAUUAUUCUCCUACCUCUGCUCGGUUCUGGAACUUUUCCAUGGACGAGUUCGCCUUUCACGAUAUUCCAGACACUAUCGAUUAUAUCCUUAACACAACAGCACAGCCCUCUCUUUCCUACAUUGGUUUCAGUCAAGGAACAGCACAAGCAUUUGCGACACUUUCGAUCCAUCCAGGUCUCAAUGAUAAAGUUAAUCUCUUCAUCGCUUUGGCACCUGCCAUGUCACCAGCCGGUCUCAGCAACGGUAUUGUCGAUUCACUAGUCAAAGCCAGCCCAGAUGUACUUUUCCUGGCCUUCGGACGAAAAUCGAUUCUCUCUUCAGCUACCAUGUGGCAGUCUAUACUUUACCCACCUAUAUUUGUCCGUCUCAUCGAUAUGUCGCUUUCUUUCCUUUUUGCUUGGUAUGGACGGAACAUCACUGUACAACAGAAACUCGCCGCAUAUCCCCAUCUGUACAGCUUCACAAGUACCAAGAUGGUUGUCCACUGGUUCCAGAUCAUCCGCAAUAAGUCUUUCCAAAUGUAUGAUGACGACGGAUCCAACAAGUUCUCUAUCGGCGCCAGUAAUCGCUAUUACAAGGUUGCGAAAUUCCCCACUAGGAAUAUCAAGACUCCUAUUGUUCUAGUCUAUGGUGGAAGUGAUUCUCUGGUCGAUAUUCGUGUCAUGCUUAAGGAGCUUCCUCGACACACAAUUGCAACAGAGGUGCCACAUUUUGAGCAUCUGGAUUUCUUGUGGGCACAGGACGUUGACAAACUGGUUUUCCCUCAUGUUCUGGAAGCAUUGCGCUAUUACUCCCUCGGGCAAAGCAAUAAUGGCAUUCCAAAAGGUUUGGCAUUGUCAAUAGCUGACACAGCUCACCUGCACCGCCGUCAGAAUAGUGGUAGUACAACUCCAUGGUCCGAAGAUGAUGGCGCGUAUUCUGACUAUGACGGUGCCAAUGAUACACCACGAACACCUAAGUUGAAAUCCUUUGCCCAGCAGCAACGGGAAAGACAGUACCAAUAUCAGAACAACAGCCGUCCGAUAACAGCAAGCCCCAGUCAAUCUGGCCAUCCCGCCAAUAGUAGUAAUAGCUCCAUGACUUGGGCUGAACAAUUCCAAAGUAUGUCAAGCCGGCACAGCCAAACCCCUGUCAUGGGAGAUGGGACAGACGAUCGCCGUAAGGAGUCCGCGACAUCAACUUCCCCAGACGAAGCGGAACAGACAGGCGAUGGCUCUCAGGCGCAACCCGUCGAGAACAGGGAAGGUGACUUUGGUGCCGCCAUAACAACAGCACGUGCAGUCGAAGCAGCAGGAACAUCCCCUACCGUUGCACAACAGGUGCAACAUCGUAGUCACCAUGCUCCAGCAAGGGACACGGACACGGAGAGUGUUGGGUCAGGGCGGUCCAGCCCGAGCACCAAUUCGAUUCUUCCGGCAGCAUUCACUUCUCGAGGCAUCAAAGUGGGGAGCUCGAAGCCUAGUGUUGGUCUUGGCUGA